AUGAUUCGGUUGUGUGUUACAUUCAAAAGAGUAGUUGAUGGCGAUAGGAGUAAAGUCCAGUUCGAUCUGAAUAAGUUGUCAGUUGAUAGUAGCGAUGGUUGUAAUGUGGAAGUUGAUGUGGGAAAAUCAGUAGGUAUUAUUUCAAGGAAUUCACCUAAGCCGACUAAUGAUGUAUUAGAAAAGCCUACUGAUGCUAAUCUUGGUGAUGCUGCUGGUUUAAAGUUGGAAGAUUCAAUGGUAAAAAAUGGUGAAUAUUUCAGCAGUAAGGAAGCUUUACAGGCUACUAUGGAAAUGUAUGCAAUGAAAUAUAACUGCGACUAUAGGAUUACAAAAUCUGAUAAGAGAUGGUGGUGUAUACGCUGCAUUGAUAGUGUUUGUAAUUGGCGUCUCCGGGCUGAGUGUUUACAAGCGUCUACAUAUUUCAAAAUCAACAAGUUUGUGGGUAACCAUACAUGUGCCCCUUCAAAAAAAAACUCAUUUUGUAGGACUCCAUCUGCAAGAACAAUUGGACAUCUCAUUAAGCAAAGCUAUGAGGGUGUGAAGGAAGGUCCUAAACCGAAUGAUAUAGUUAAUAUUAUUCGUUCAAGGUACGGCUGCGAGCUAACAUAUCACCAAGCUUGGGAGUCUCGGGAGUAUGCAGUUAACGAAGUUAGAGGAAUUCCUGAGAAAAGUUAUGCUAAGAUUCCAAAAUACUUGCACAUGCUACAAGAAGCGAAUCCUGGUACGUUCACGAAUUAUGAAAUUGACUUUGAUGGAAGAUUUAAAUAUCUAUUUAUUUCUUUUGGUCAAUCAACAAGAGGGUUCUACAAGUCAAUGCGGAAAGUGAUAGUAGUUGAUGGUACAUUUUUGAAGAAUAAAUACAAAGGGGUUCUCCUAGUUGCUACAGCUGUAGAUGCUGAUGAAGAAGGUUUAUCAUUUGUGUCAGAUAGACAUACAUCGAUUGCUAAAUCAAUUGGAAACAUCUAUCCAUUGGCUAAACAUGGUAUUUGCAUCCACCACUUGCUUAGCAAUGUGAUAACAUAUCAUAAGGGAAGAGGUGUCGCUGAGGAAGCCGAUGUGACAAAAUGGGCUCGCUGUCAUUUUCCGGGUUAUAGGUAUGAUAUUAACACCAACAAUGCAGCUGAAUCAAUUAAUGCUGCUUUGAGGACACCCAGAGAGUAUCCAAUAAUUCCUUUGUUAGACAGCAUCAGAGAAAUGAUGACACGCUGGUUUUAUGAGAGUAGAGAGUUAAGUGCAAAGCAUAAAGAUCCUUUAACUGUUGAGGUGGAGAAAAAGAUUUCAAGAAGAAUAGAUAAUUUGAUGAGCAGAUCACAUGCUAUAAAAGGAGCUUUUGAUAUAGGCAAGGAUCUAUAUCCUUAUGCUGAUGAUGUGUAUACCACUACUGCAUGGAGAUCGCAAUAUGAGGAAACUAUUAAUCCAAUAGGUGUUCCUGAAGAAGAAUGGCGAGUCCCACAGCAUGUUGAAGAUGCAAAAGUAGCCUCUGGGUUGUGUUUCACGGCAGCUGCUUGUGAUGAAUGA